CACACACACACACACUCACAUGCACAUUGUAAGGUACAAAUGCACGCCAAGUCUCACGUUGGUUCUAGCGGUUCUCAACUCACAUCGAAGGUUCAUUUUCCGACACCUGGAGAGCUCAACACGCUUCAAGUGAAUCCGAGACCGCCUGUUGAGCCCAAGGAAACAGGGCUCAGAGCGGGUUCGCCCUGGUUCCCAGGGAAACCGCCCGCGGAGGCACCUGGGGCGGCAGCCCCACACCUGCGAAGAGCCCCGCCUGGCGCCAGGGGGCGCGGCAGCGCGUCGGCCUCUCUGGCCCCGCGCUCGUCCGCCCCGCCCCCUCCCCGCCCCUAUCCCCGCCUUCCUCCGCGGGGGCCCGACCGCUCCCGGCUCCUGGCCAGGCUCCCGGCGCAGGCGCAGUCCCGCACUCCCUCGGCCGUGCACCCGCCGCGGUGGAGUGUAGCGGCGUCGGCCGGCAGUCCUCCUCUCCCUCAGACUGCUUCGAGGCGCGCUCUUUGAGGCUCUACGAGCGCCCCUGAGCGCGGGCCGCGGCAGCGGUGAGUUUGCCAGGUUAUCCUAUGAUGAGGCUUUUGCUAUGGCUAAUGAUCCCUUGGAAGGCUUCCAUGAAGUAAACCUUGCGUCACCUACUUCUCCGGACCUUCUUGGUGUGUAUGAACCAGGGACUCAAGAGCAGACUACCUCACCAAGUGUCAUCUACCGGCCACAUCCUUCAGCUUUAUGCUCCGCCCCUAUCCAGGCUAAUGCCUUAGAUGUUUCUGACCUUCCUACACAACCUGUGUAUUCAUCCCCCAGACGUUUAAACUGCGCAGAAUUGUCUAGUGUCAGCAUUCAUGUUACAGACUCAGCACCUUGUUCUACCUCUGGAGUCACGGCUGGGUUAACUAAAUUAACUACAAGAAAGGACAACUGUAAUGCAGAGAGAGAGUUUUUACAGGGUGCUACUGUAACGGAGGCUUGUGAUAGCAGUGAAGAUAUUUUUGGGUUGAGUACUGAUAGUCUGUCCCGUUUACGAAGCCCAUCUGUUUUGGAAGUCAGAGAAAAGGGCUAUGAAAGACUAAAAGAGGAACUUGCAAAAGCUCAGAGGGAACUGAAGUUAAAAGAUGAAGAGUGUGAGAGGCUUUCUAAAGUACGAGAUCAACUUGGACAGGAAUUGGAGGAACUCACAGCUAGUCUGUUUGAGGAAGCUCAUAAGAUGGUCAGAGAAGCAAAUGUCAAGCAGGCAACAGCAGAAAAACAGCUGAAAGAAGCACAAGGAAAAAUUGAUGUACUUCAAGCUGAAGUGGCUGCAUUGAAGACACUUGUAUUGUCCAGUUCUCCGACAUCACCUACACAAGAGCCUCUGCCAGGUGGAAAGACACAUUUUAAAAAGGGUCAUACACGAAAUAAAAGUACAAGCAGUGCUAUGAGUGGCAGUCAUCAGGACCUCAGUGUGAUACAGCCAAUUGUAAAAGACUGCAAAGAGGGAUUCUUCAGUUCCCUUCUCUACCUGGCUGACCAUGGAGUACCUGCUGGAAACUUGGCUGACUUAUCUCUGUAUAAUGAAUUCAGAUCUUGGAAGGAUGAGCCCACAAUGGACAGAACAUGUCCUUUCUUAGAUAAAAUCUAUCAAGAAGAUAUCUUUCCAUGUUUAACCUUCUCAAAAAGUGAGUUGGCUUCAGCUGUUCUGGAGGCUGUGGAAAACAAUACGCUAAGCAUUGAACCUGUGGGAUUGCAACCUGUUCGAUUUGUGAAAGCGUCUGCAGUCGAAUGUGGAGGACCAAAAAAAUGUGCUCUCACAGGUCAGAGUAAGUCCUGUAAACACAGAAUUAAAUUAGGAGACUCAAGCAACUAUUAUUAUAUUUCUCCAUUCUGCAGAUACAGGAUCACUUCUGUGUGUAACUUUUUCACAUACAUUCGAUAUAUUCAGCAGGGACUCGUGAAACAGCAAGAUGUUGAUCAGAUGUUUUGGGAAGUUAUGCAGUUGAGAAAAGAGAUGUCAUUGGCAAAGCUGGGAUAUUUCAAAGAGGAACUCUGAAGCUCUGCCUGGGACCAUGCAUGAACCUCCCUGAAUACCUGGAAAAUGGCUGAAUAUUUUUAUGGUUACUUGAUAUUUAUUUCCAAGGAGUGGGUCCAAGACUUUUUCCCUCUUUUGCAAAUUAUACUAAGAAGUACUGUGAUUUCGUUUAAACUGACCUAUGCUGUGUUUGCUUUUUCUUUAGUUGAACAUUCUAUAAAGAAUGACAGGUGUACUAGUGAUUGUAAUUUAUAGUUGCAAAAAAAGCUAAAUAAAUAAAUGUUAGAUUGA